UAGGCGUGAAUAUCGCGUGAAAAUGUUGACAAAAAAUGCGAAAAACGAGUACGACGAGGAACUGUGCCAAACCAAGGAAGAGAACGAGAGACAACGUCAACCCCGGGAUGCUGUUUUCAAAGAGGCUCAAGAUGAAGCACCCCGAGCAGAUGUGUGUACUGAACAGCAGGAGCCAGAGUCCCAUCGUUUUCAAGAGGAGGAGGAGGACAACGAGGAUCUCCUCAUGACACAGGAGGAGUCAGAGCCCUCCUACAUCAAAGAGGAGGAAGAGCCCCUCAACAUUAAAGAGGAAGAGAAGGAGGAAGAAAUCACCACAUUGCCAUUGAUUGUUGUCCUUUUGAAGAGUGAAGAGGAUGACGAUGGCGUUGAGGAGAACGCAGGGGCGGGGCCUUCUGGCAGCAGCUCAGGUCAACAUUUGAGAACAGAGGCAGGUGGAGACCAUUCUGGAGAAUCUCAAGCGGACGGCCUCUUUGCGCCAUUAUCAGAUAGUAAGGACAUAACAUCAAACUGUCUUGACAUGAAGGAGGACAAACAAUCGAAUGGGGAAGUGGCAUGUCAUAAUGACAACAAACGCUGGGAAUGUUCUCAGUGUCGGAAAACAUUUUGUUCAAAGUCGGGUUUGAACCUUCACACGAGAAUACACAAAGGGGACAAAGCUUUCCAGUGCUCAAUUUGUGGCAAAAGAUUUAUUCAGAAGGGAAAUUUGGAGGCACACGCAAGGACACACACCGGCGAGAAACCUUACGCUUGCUCAGUUUGCGGACAAAGACUCUCCGAAGCUGGAAGCUUAGCAAGACACAUCAGAACGCACACUGGCGAGAAACCUUUUGCCUGCUCGUUUUGCGGGAAAGCAUUCACGACUCAGGGAAAUUUAACAACACAUUCGAGAACACACACUGGAGAGAGACCCUUUGCUUGCUCAUUUUGCGGUCAACGAUUCUCUGGACAGGGAAGCUUAAGAAGGCACUUAAGAAUACACACGGGUGAGAAACUCUUUGUCUGCUCGGUUUGUGGCAAAAGAUUUUCUACAAAGGGAAGUUUAGGAAGACACACGAGAGCACACACUGGGGAGAAACCUUUUGCGUGCUCAGUGUGUGGCAUGACAUUCAGUUGGAAGGCAUACUUAAUAUCGCACAAGACGACGCACACCGGUGAGAAACCUUUUUCCUGCUUAGUGUGUGGUAAAAGGUUCACUUUGAAGCCAUAUUUAGUGAGACACACAAGAACCCACACUGGGGAGAAACCUUUUGUCUGCUCCGUUUGCGGCAUAUCCUUCUCUGACACGGGAACCUUAAGAAGACACGCCAAAAUCCACACCGGAGAGAAACCCUUUGCCUGCACAGUUUGUGGUAAAAGAUUCACUCGGAAGAGAGAUUCAAUCAGGCACACGAGAACGCACACUGGGGAGAAACCCUUUGAUUGCUCAGUUUGCGGUAAAAGAUUCUCUCGAAAGACAAAUUUAACAACUCACGCAAGAACACACAGCGGAGAGAAACGUUUUGCCUGCUCGGUCUGUGGUAAAGCAUUUACCACAAAGAGACAUUUCGCUGUACACACAAGAACGCACACUGGGGAGAAACCUUAUGUCUGUUCAGUUUGCGGCAAAAGAUUUUCUGUAAAUGAAAGCCUGACAAGACACACAAGAACACACACUGGGGAGAAACCCUUCGCCUGCUCGGUUUGUGGUAAAAUAUUCACACAGAAGGGACAUUUAAGGAAACACACCAGAACACACACUGGGGAAAAACCCUUUGUCUGCUCAGUUUGUGGUAAAGGCUUCACUCAGAAGGGGAAUUUAGAAAAACACGUCAGAACCCACACUGGAGAGAAACCGUUUACCUGCUUGGUUUGUGGUAAAAGAUUUACAACAAAGACCGAUUUAGUCAAACACUCAAGAACGCACACUGGGGAGAAGCCUUUUGCCUGCUCGGUUUGUGAUAAAAGAUUCUCUUGUCAGCAUCAUGUUAAGACGCACAAGUGUGCUGGUGAGAAGAGCAGCAAGCGAUGAAGCGAUGAAAUUGACGCUGUCUUUUUUGGGUAGAAUGGAAAAGUGUAUGCUGCAUGUGAUUCUGAGUCAAAUAUAAAUAAUGGUUUGAAAUUA